AUGAAUCAUUUAAUGAAAGGAUAUAUGGAUACAACAACAUCGUUAUCAGUAUUUAUUCAAGCAUUUAAAACAGCAUUAGAUUCUCAUAAAGAAUAUAUUGAGCUUGAAAUUUAUCGACAAGAUAACAAUAAUAUUACUUUUCAAACUACCAGUCCUUAUGAAAAACAAGCAGCACAUUUUUUAACUCGAUAUACUUUACGUAAAACACAAGAGCAACUUAUUCAAUCACUUAAUUAUAAAUAUGAAACUACUGAUAAAUCUUUACCACGAUCAGUUACAUAUUGUUCAAGUUCAGAAAGUUUUGAAUGUAGUUGUGAAUAUACUCAAUUUUCAGGCUUUAUUUGUUGUCAUAUUUUUCAUACAGCAAUACAAUUAAAUCUCGAAGAACUUCUUACAUCAUUAUUUUACUUAAGAUGGCAUAAAAAUAUAUCUGAGCUCAAACUAGCACAAUGGUAUCAUGAAUUUUAUUCAACUACAACAUUAGAAAUCAAGACUAUAGAGUUAAAUCAGCAACCUUCAGACGAUAAUAGAAUUAAUAAUCCAUUAAUUGCAAAAACUAAAGGUGCUCCAAAAAAGCGAAAAACGUCUGAUGUAGAAAAACAAGUAUCAAAAAAGUCAAAACCAAUUAACAAACAAGAACGAAUUACUAUUAAUAAAGAAAACAAACAAGAAAAUUCAUUAAAAACUUUAUGUUUAGAAUGUAACGUAUUACUUAUAAAUCAGUUAAAAAAACAAAAAG